GAUGGCGCGGACCCCGGGGCCGGCACCGCCGUAUCCCGGAGGCGGCAAAGCACAACUUUCCUCCGCUUCUGCCCCCGGAGCCCAGCUCUUCCCGCUGCCGCCGCCGCUGCUGCUGUUGCUGCUCUUCCCGCUGUUCUUCUUUUCCCGGUUCUGCGGUGCCUUAGCUGGACCAAUUGUUGUGGAACCAUAUGUCACAGCAGUAUGGGGGAAGAAUGUUUCAUUGAAGUGUAUAAUUGAAGUAAACGAAACUAUAACACAAGUUUCAUGGGAGAAGAUUCAAGGCAAAAGCUCACAGACUGUUGCAGUUCAUCAUCCUCAAUAUGGAUUCUCUGUUCAAGAGGCCUAUCAAGGGAGAGUCUUAUUUAAAAAUCAUUCACUUAAUGAUGCAACCAUUGUUCUCCGAAACAUAGACUUUUCUGAUUCAGGAGAAUAUAUAUGCAAGGCGGUUACAUUCCCAUUAGGAAAUGCGCAGUCAUCUACAACUGUAACUGUACUGGUUGAGCCUACUGUGAGCUUAAGAAAGGGACCAUACCCUUUAAUUGAUGGUGGAAAUGAAACAGUAGCAGCCAUUUGUACAGCAGCCACUGGAAAACCAGUUGCACAGAUUGACUGGGAAGGUGAUCUUGGUGAAAUGGAAUCCACCGUAACUUCUUUUCCAAAUGAGACUGUGACAAUUGUAAGCCAAUAUAAACUUAUUCCAACCAAAUUUGCUCGAGGAAGACGUAUUACUUGUGUUGUGAGGCAUCCUGCUUUGGAAAAGGAAAUUCGGUAUUCUUUUAUGCUGGAUAUACAAUAUGCCCCUGAAGUUUCAGUCACAGGGUAUGAUGGAAAUUGGUUUGUUGGAAGAAUGAAUGUUAAUCUCAAGUGUAAUGCAGAUGCAAAUCCACCACCUUCACAGUCUAAAUGGAGCAGGUUGGAUGGACAGUGGCCUGAUGGUUUAGAGACUUCAGAGAAUACUCUGUAUUUUAUCAAUCCACUGACUUACAAUUAUUCCGGUGUUUAUAUCUGUAAGGUUACAAAUUCCCUUGGCCAACGAAGUGCCCGAAAGAUCAUCUACAUAUUAGAUGUUCCAUUUAAGCAGACCUCUUCCAUAGCAGUAGCUGGAGCAGUCAUUGGAGCUGUCCUUGCGCUUUUUAUCAUUACUAUUUUUGUGACUGUGUUGCUGACUCCUCGGAAAAAGAGGCCAUCCUAUCUUGACAAAGUGAUCGAUCUUCCACCCACACAUAAACCACCUCCUGUGUAUGAAGAAAGAUCUCUCCCUGUGCCUCAAAAUGAAAUCACACAUCAGAGCCAGGCAUAAGGACCAGAUCGAGACCAGGGACCCAGUACUAGACCACAUCAAGUACUAGAUGGACCUCUUUUGGAAAAUGAUCUUUGUCCAGGUCUCAACUACUGUCAUUUCUGUUGAAGAGGUAUCACCCACUUAUUCAGCCACUAAUGAUUUCCCUAGGGAAAACAGCAGCAGAACUAAAUCUUCCUACCUCCAUUUAAUUAUACAUCUUAGCAACCAGUACUAGAAUACAUUCCCUUUUCAUUACUAGUGACUCAGGAGCCCUAAGAUGCCUAAACCAUUCAGGUGCCUUUAAUUGUUGGUAUUAUGUAGAAGAAAUUAUUCUUAGUGAGUAUCAUUACUAUGUAAAAGUGAAGCUACUUAAGUGACAUAUCCUGUGAAUGGGUUACCCCAAGGCAAAAAGUCUAUUAGGUAAUUCUAAUUCUACUAAUUUUGAGGUGAAAUACUCUGAUUAAUAGUAACAGCUAUAUCAAGGAUGUUUAAAUAUGCCUAUCUAAUAAUAUGGACAUACUGCUUUGAUAAUUCAAGAUUGGUAAUUUCAUCCAUGUGAGUUGUCUACGUUCUCCACAGAGGCAGGUUUUUGCUCCACCCUCACACAUUUACAUGCACACACUAAUUUGGUAGACACUUUUAUAUUGAUCAGUCUGUUCUUUGUUUUUAGUUAAACUAUACCUGUGCUUUUUGCAUGUUUGAAAAAUCUCUAACUGUUGGGUUAGAUUGAUGUAGAUUAUUUCUUCCCUAUGACCAUAUAACACUUAGUGGAUCCUUGAUUCCAAUAGUAAAUUUACUUUCUUUACUCUUAAAAAUCAUAACUCACCCACUCUCAUUCUAUAAUCUUAUUCUUUAGGGUGCAGAAUGAGACAAACCCCCACCCCACUUCCUUUAAGACAUGGUCAAUGCAGAAGUCUGUAUUGUUUGACUGUACACAUUUGUAAAAGGGGUAUGGUUUUGUUUCUCUUGCUUUUUUAAUGGGAGAAGGUGGGUUGGCAGGGAAGAAGUGAGAAGAGA